UACACGGUAGUCAGCCGUUGUAAUAUAUACACGUACAAUGCACUUAGCCGAAGUUUCCAGUUUUCACAAACAUAUCCGCUUUACGUACUUCACAAUACAUAUUCAAACAGGGAUUUCCACCAACACAUCUCCUUUACGGAUUUUGAUGCACGAAUUGCUGUUGCCACCGAUACCUGUGUCCUGACUGUGACCAGACGUUUCGUGCCUUGUAUAACAGAGCAGGCUACUUGCUCCUGUUCCGCACCGGUGCGUUUGUACGCGCGAACCGCAUCCGAACAAUGUCCGUUUUUUUCACAUAUCAGUUGUUCCGGGACCUCGGCUUCGUACAACCUCUCUAUCGGAUUCUGGUCGUUUACUAGUAAAUGUCGAUUGCAUAAUAAAAACAUCGUCAGCUGAACUGAACAUAUUGGCAGCAGUACACGAAAUGACCUUGGAAAUAUCUGACAGGUACCUUUGUACUCGGAACACCUCAGCUCAUAUCAAUACCAUUUGGAUCGCAUUUGGAUACCAUCGGCGUUUACUAAUGCCUUGGGGUUGUAUGUGUUUGUGUCAGUGAGUGCAUUUUACAGGUGUGGACAACACAGGUAAACAACUCCAUUCACUGUUAUCCAACUGUCCACCUAUACCAGGUUUAGGGGUCCUAUCGGCCCUCGACAGGCUGUGCUUCCAAAUCACUUAACCAACGUUUGCUCGAGAUUUAUCCUAUACUUAAACGUCCAGAGUACAAAAAGUUUCCAUUCCAACAAAAACUAACAAACCAUGUGAAGAUUUAAAAAAUCCCAAAACCUGCAUCACAACAUUAAUGGCGGCUGCAGAAAACUCAGGUGUGUACUAUUCCAACUUGUCAACGGAGUCAGAGGAAGGUAGUUCUACCAAACAACCGAAAGAUCUGAAUGAGUUGCAUAUGACUGAACUAGAUGGUGAAGAUGAUGGAAUGAGUGAUGAGGAUAAUGAUGGGAUGUAUGCUGUUAUUAUUGACGACACGCUCAGUGUGGACAGUAGUUCGCCAGAACAACGGAGUGAUAACGUCAAACCAGAAGUUGUCACUAGCAGGGGAGAUGCAAUACCAUACCAGGUAAACCAGCCAUUCUCCACUGAGGAGUGUGCUGGAGGAGGAAUGUGCAGUUACGGUGACAGGUCUUACAACACUUUGCCAUGUUUGUCACCAACUUCUACCCAUCACGAUGUGCAACACAUUGCAAUUGCUUCAAAAACAUCAAGUUUUGAGAAUAUGCACAAGAGAAUUAAGCAAGAGCCAUCUGAAUGCAGUGGACAGUUUACAUACUCUAUGUCCAGUCUACAGCUUGAGAGUCAGCUGGUGGACAAAGCCAUUGACAACCUGAUGACCCUGCCACAAGUGUUUACAGAGGUGGUGGAGAGUAAGAAAAGUCAGAGCGCAGAAAUAGAGCUUCAACAACUAAACCUUGUAACAUUACAGAAAGAGUAUGAAGAAGGUGAGAAGGAUAUCAAAGCAUUGAGGGAUGAUGUCUCCAUUGUAACUCACAAUAUCAGUUGCACUAUGAAGUCGGUCAUUGAGGGAACCAAACAGUGUAAUACAUUACAGCAAGAGGUGGCCAGUUAUGUGUUGAUAUGCAAAGACAUUCACCAGGCUGUUCGUUACAAACAGGAGGAGUAUGACCUGCAGAAAAGGAAGAUUGAAAGUUAUCAAAUGAAAAUUGCCGACUAUAUACGUACGGUAGCCCAGCAGGAGAACCAAAGUGACACCAUGAUUGAACUUCGGAAUCACGUAGAUGACGUACAGAGGCUGCAUGAAAAAAAGGCAGAAAUUGAAUUGAAUAAAGAGGAGUUUAUGAAUUUGAUGAACGGGACAUCAGAUAGUCGGGUCACUGAUAACAUAACGUAUCUGACGGGAGAGAUGGAAGGGCAGGCAACAGGUGUUGAAGAUAAGGCUAAACUGAUUGACGAUUUACGGAAUCAGCAAAGACUUCUUGAACAGUCCAUCCUUGUUUUACAUAAGCGUAACGCGGCCCAGCUGACUCGCCUAAGGAGACAACUAAAGGAGGUCUCAAGCCGUAGGAGGCGCUGGAACGACCAGGUCUCACAGCUUGAAAACAUCAUGACCGACCUCAAACAACAACUCCAGCAAUAGUCUGGUACAGUCUUGCUUCUUCAUAACAAACUUCGAUCUUUCGUCGUAUUGUACACUAUUUAUAGUACGCUGGCAGUGAUGGAUGAAAUUCAAGAACACUGACCCAAAUUAUCAUCGGACGUAAAAAGACUUCUGAGACAAAUUGGAAUGAAAUUCAAAAUCAUGGAGACAAAAGAAACAUCGAGCCAGACGGGUAAAAUUAGAAUAAAGAACAAAGAGACAAGCCGUUUAUCUCAAUUUGUAUUCAUUGUAAUGUUCUUUCUGUUACUCGUUACUUUGACAAAAGGAAAUUAGACUUAUAAGUAGAUAUGACUGUUUGGCAUACCGGUGUUAUGUUUGUCGCAAGUAAUUCUUUCUAUUUGUCGUUACUAGAUUCGACUGUAAAUAAAUGUGUGUUUGGCGUAUACGUAGUGGAGUUGGAUUUGUCGUAAGGGAACAUGUCUCUUUGCUCUGUACCACUAUAUCUAAAAUUGUGAAGGAAGAAUAGUGUAAAUGCUUAGAAUUCCAAUGGUAUGAUAUGACUUACAGAGUCAUUUCCAGUUUUAAAAAUUCGUAACUUAAGUUAGAGAAUGUUAAGUUCCUACGUACAUUAUAUGUAUAGAAAAUGU